AUGCCAAGAUACAAAGUUCAGGGAAAGCGUCUUUUCAUGUCGUUUGACGGACUUUGGGCAGUAUUGAUGGAUAUAGGCCGAGCGUCUCACGGCAUCGAGAUUUAUUGCAUUGCCGACGCUCUCGACGAAUGCGAUACCGAAUCACAAGAUAUGUUCCUCCGGCAAAUCCACCAAUCGUUCAAACAAGCUAACGAGAACAUUGCGGUCCCAUGCAGCGUGCAUUUUUUGAUUAUCAGUCGUCCGUAUCCCAAAAUCCAUAGUCUUCUAUCCAUAUUUCGAUGUGUCGAUCUCGGCUCGUGCAAGGAGAUAGCCGAUGACUUAAGAGCCAUGAUUCAAGACAAAGUACAGGACCUUGCAAAGCGAAACACAUAUCCUGUAUCUGUCAGACAAAAAGUAUCAAAGAUACUUGAAGAAAAAGCGGAUGGAACAUUCCUAUGGGUUGGAAUUGUCUGUCGGAAAUUGGAUGAUGUACGAUCAAAAGAUGUGGUCGAGAAACUGCGGGCUCAACCUCAAGGGCUUUAUCGCUUAUAUCGAGCCCUGUUGAAUGCAGCGUUUGAAGAUAACGACCCACAUAAUGACUCAAAAUUGAAGAUGUUGUUGAUGUUUGUCACAUUUGCGUUACGGCGCCUGACGGUGGCUGAAAUAGCCGAGGCAUGUCGAUUAUACUUGGACGAGGAUAUUGAAACUCGCCUCCGGUUCACUCAAGAUAUCAUUGACUCUUUUCACUCGCUGAUUUUUACUGAUAAAACCCACCGUGCGACUGUUACAUAG